AUGGAGGGACUCUUCUACAACGCUGACGACGGCUACCUUGAGGGCAUCGUCCGUGGCUACCGCGGCAACAUCCUCACCAACACAGCCUACAUCAACCUCACCCAGUGCGAGACCCUUGAAGACGUCAAGCUUCAACUCUCAGCGUCCGACUAUGGCACUCUUCUUCAGAAUGAACCCCACAUGUCGACCUCGAUGCUUGCUCAGAAGUGCACCGACAAGCUUGUGCAAGAGUUUGACUACAUUCGCGCCCACGCCGUCGCCCCUCUCCAGCAGUUCCUUGACUACAUGACAUAUGCGUACAUGAUCGACAAUGUCAUCUUGUUGAUCACAGGAACACUGCACGAACGCGACACGCACGAGCUGUUGGAGAGGUGUCACCCUCUGGGCGUCUUUGAGAGUAUGCCUGCCCUUUGUGUGGCGACCAACGUUGCAGAGCUCUACAACUCGGUUCUGGUCGAGACCCCCCUUGCGCCUUAUUUUAGCGACUGCCUCUCUGCCGAAGACUUGGACGAGAUGAACAUUGAGAUCAUCAGGAACACGCUCUACAAGGCCUAUCUCGAGGACUUUUAUUACUUUACUCAGUCCUUUGGUGGGCCCACUGCUGAAAUCAUGGGCGAGUUGCUCCAGUUUGAGGCUGACCGCAGAUCGCUGAACAUUACCAUCAAUUCGUUCGGAACGGAAUUGACCAAGGACGACCGUGCAAAGCUAUUCCCCAACAUUGGAAGGUUGUACCCUGAAGGAAACAUCAAACUUGCAAAGGCUGACGAUGUGGACCAAGUCAAGGGCACCUGCGACGUUUUCCUUGAAUAUCGCCAAUUCUUUGACAGCAACAGUGGAACAGGGUCAAAGACGCUGGAGGACCGCUUCUUUGAGUAUGAGGUCCAGCUGAACAAGAAGUCGUUCCAGCAACAGUUCCACUACGCUUUGUUCUACUCGUUCCUGAAGCUUAAGGAGCAAGAGAUCCGCAAUAUUGUUUGGAUCUCAGAGUGUAUUAGCCAGGGUCAGAAGGAGAGAAUCAACAACUAUAUCCCCAUCUUUUAA